AUGAAGUCCCUUGUAACGCUACUCUUCAUUCCAAGUGCUGUGUUGAGGCAUAAUGCGCAAGGCUUUGUAAAUGCGGAGUCCACCCCUGGAAGCAUAAUAUGGGGGAAAGCAUCAAACGGAUAUAUACUCACACAGGGCGCUUCAGAACAGAAAAGGUUAAUCACUACAGAUGAAAGAUCAGAUAACUGUCCAGGCAAAUGCCAAACGGGACAUGGUCCUGCACCUGCUAUUCAUAGGGCAUCUUCUAAAAAUAGAAAACCAUCCGAAGGAACAGGUCAAGCAAACUAUUCCAAAGUGAAUGCACAAGUGUUGAAAAAAACAAUCGGGGUGAACAUUAACAGAAUGUGUGGGGCAGAAAUGGAAUUCCUUUUCACCCCCCAGUCUUAUAUCCACGUUACAAUGGAAGACUCCAAAGCAGGAGCAUUUAAUAUGCUGACCUAUCUCGAACAUAACGCUUUACCGCUUACCUGGAAUGUGUACCUGCCCGUGGAGCCCCUCACAGCAACAAAGAGUGAUGCAAGUGGGACGAAGUGGUAUAGGAGAACCCUAGCAGAAAAUAAUGAUGGCCCGGAUGACGAGGGCUAUGAUUUCUUUUCGGGGGAAAAUGACUCAGAAGAGGAUGCAGACAUUCCCUCCAUGGGAAAUGAUAAUCAGUUAGAGGGAUGCUCGGGGGAAGCAUUGGAGGAAUUCCAGCUCUGGAGAACCAUAGACCGAGUACUAAAAUGGGUUUACAAGGUUACUCCGGGCGGAAGAAAAGUGCUAAUCACGCAGGAGGAAUUAAACAACUCCAUGAAAAGGGACCUAAAAAUAUAUUGCCAGCUUUUAAAGAAGGUAGACAGAAGUGGGACUUUGGAGGAGCAUCCCAUGGGUAGCGAAAUGGACGUCUUUCACAACCUUGUGAAAUUGUUACAAAAACACGGGGGUGAAUCAGUUUUUACUCUGCGAAGGAAAAUGCGGAACCCAGCAGUGUGCAUGCAGAAUGCGAAUCAGUGGGUACUGAAGAGGAGAGGGUUGGUUUUGCCAGACUCGUCAAGUAGCAACGCAAGUGCGUAUGACACCAACUUGGGUGUAGGCUCCGAGUGGAUGCAAUUUGUAAACAGUAACUCGAGAGAUGCUAGUAUUGACAGGGACAACGGAGAGCAGGACUGA